CAGAUCCCCAGCUGGAAAACAACAGCACAUCUGGCAUGCGAACUGAACAGGAAGAACUGGAGGAAUAGCUCAACUCGAGUGAAUAAAUGGUCGUUUAGAAAGCUUGCUCAUUUUUUGUGGAGAAGAGAAAAGUUAUCAGGAAUAGUUCAUUUUGGCGUUGCAGAAUUUGGAUAACAUUUCUAAAAGGAGGCGAGGAGUGACACAUUACUUCAGAGGCACGAAGCCUGCUGUGCGUAAUUUGACAUUUCUUUUUGCAAAAUGAGCGGAAAAUCAUAAGUGCAACACCUUGAAGCAUUCAUUUAAGUAACAUUGUGCAACCUGUUCGACAAACAACAUUUAAAAACAGCUGCGUUUUGUUCCAACACCAGGCGGAGUUUUGUAACAGGUGGUUUUUAUUGAGCGUCUCACUUUUGCGCUGUCUCCAUCAGACAGUUGUUUCUUUGCAUAAAUGACACGCACAGGUCAGUAUCAGGACUGGGGUCUGAAAUGAGGGCUCUUUUGGCAAUAUUUAUUUGAUUUUUGUCGGAUUGGACAACAUCUUGUAAGGUAGGCCAGAAGGUCCUUGCUUCUAAAUGAUAAGCUCGGUGUGUGUUUCGUCUUACCGGGGGCGCAAGGCAGGCAACAAACCUCCGUCUAAAACAUGUCUGAAGGAGGAGAUGUUCAGAGGGGAAGACUCGGAAAAAAUUACCAUCAACGUGGGUGGCACUCGACAUGAAACGUACAAAAGCACCCUAAGGACCCUGCCGGGGACCCGCCUGGCCUGGCUGGCGGACCCGGACCCGCAGGUCAGCUCUGACUCGGAAGCUGCGACCCCGAGCGCCGAGCUCUUCUUCGACAGACAUCCGGGUAUCUUCGCCUAUGUGCUCAACUACUACCGGACCGGCAAGCUACACUGCCCGGCCGACGUGUGCGGGCCCCUCUUCGAGGAGGAGCUGGCGUUUUGGGGGAUUGACGAGACCGACGUGGAGCCGUGCUGCUGGAUGACUUACCGGCAACACCGGGACGCGGAGGAAGCCUUGGAGACGUUUGAACCCCCCGACCCGGACACCGACGACGACAGAGACAUGCCGAGACGGUUCGGCAUCGAGGACUGUCCGGACAGGUCGAGGAGCUGCUGCGAAGUUUGGCAGCCUAAGGUCUGGGCCCUGUUUGACGACCCUUACUCCUCCAAAGCAGCCAGGGGAGUGGCGUUUGCCUCUCUAUUUUUCAUCCUGGUGUCCAUCACCACCUUCUGCCUGGAGACCCAUGAAGCCUUCAACGAGCUGCAGAACCGGACGGUGCAGAUUGUCGAGGGAAACGUCACACGGAAAGUGGAGAGGCCGGAGAUGGUGACCAAGCCCAUCCUCACUGUGGUGGAGGGCAUCUGUGUGGUCUGGUUCACUUUUGAAUUCCUGGUGCGCGUCGUCUGUUGCCCAAACAAGAUGGUCUUCAUCAAGAACACACUCAACAUCAUUGACUUUGUGGCCAUUCUGCCAUUCUACCUGGAGAUGGGCCUGAAGGGUCUGUCCUCCAAAGCUGCCAAUGACGUGCUGGGCUUCCUCCGAGUGGUGCGCUUUGUUCGGAUCCUCCGUAUCUUCAAGCUGACGCGGCACUUUGUGGGCCUGCGAGUGUUGGGCCACACACUGAGGGCCAGCGUCAACGAGUUCCUGCUUCUCAUCAUCUUCUUGGCACUCGGUGUACUUAUCUUCGCCACCAUGAUAUACUACGCUGAGCGCAUCGGGGCCCAGCCUAACGACCCCACGGGUUCCAACCACACACACUUCAAGAACAUCCCCAUCAGCUUCUGGUGGGCGGUGGUCACCAUGACAACGCUGGGCUACGGAGACAUGUACCCACAGACCUGGCUGGGCAUGAUGGUGGGGGCUCUGUGUGCACUCGCAGGGGUCCUGACCAUCGCCAUGCCGGUGCCCGUCAUCGUCAAUAACUUUGGGAUGUACUACUCGCUGGCUAUGGCCAAACAGAAGCUGCCGAAAAAGAAGAAGAAGCACAACCCGAACCCAGACGUUCCGACUGACUCUGCCUCGUUUGUGAAGUCGGAAACAAACUCACACAGAGACAGCACUCAGAGCGACACGUGUCCGCUGGCCGCCGAGGAGAACUUCAGCAGGAACCGCUCAGGUCAGCACACAAUAUUAAAGGACUCCAAGCAGAACGGGGAUGCAAAUGUGGCCCUUUCAGAGGAGGAAGGCUGCAGCCUGACCCAGCCGCUGUCCCCCAGUGAAAAGUGGACCCUGCGGUGCUCCAGAGGGCGAGACAAGACUAACAAGGAGGCCACCUGCUUCCUCCUGACCGCUGGUGACUCCAACGCCCAUACUGAGAGCUGUAAAGACCUCCUCGCUGCCACAGGAAACUACGCUCAGCCGGAGGUCACAACACUGACCUGAUGCUGAUUGACCACGAAAAGGAGAAAGAGCAGGAAUUCUCAUCUGACUACAUGCGUAGUCGGACGUAGAGUCGGACGUAGAGUCGGACGUAGAGUCGGACGUAGAGUGCGUCCGACUGAGUGCGUACAGUACGUAGAGUGCAUGAAAAAACUGGUGGAUUUUGAUUCAAAACAGGAUUUCUUCGAUUUUUUUUUUGCUGCGUCAUAAAUCCUAAAUCCUGUGGUAGAAAAUCAGUUGCGUAGCAUAUUUACCAUAUUACACUCAUACACUCAUUAACAUGUCUCAAAGCAUUUUGCAUGUGUUGCAUGACCUCCCAUUGUAAACUAUUCUUUAAAAACAGACUACCUUUAACAUGCCAAUCAUUUAGUGAACAUGUCUUAAAGGACCUGAAGACAAAUACCUAUACAACUAUACUAUUAAGUAUGCCAGGAAAACAUAUUUUGUAUGUACCAUGUCAGAUGUAUUAUGCCAAAAAUACAUGGAUAUCAUACUCCAUCAAGUCACAUUUUGAUGUAUGCAAGCCAGCAUACUUUUCUGGCUAUCCUUACCCACAAUCCUUUACACAGAGGAUACUUUAUAUGAGCAAAAGGGUCGAAGUUCAAGGUGCAAUGAUGUGAAGUACUGUGUCCCAAUUGUAUGCAAACUGCAAUGAACUGUAGGUCAUUUGUAUGGGCAGCUGCAGUACAUACUAAAAGUAAAACGAUAAUUCUGAACACAGCCAUAUCUUUUUCUCAAUUAUCUUUUUGUUAUGACAGACAUGGUCCUACAUGAACACACAAUUUACUGCCAUCGUUCGAACAUUUUGGUUAUUUCAUAUCACCGAUUUCUGUGUUUAUUUCUUUGCGCUUUUCUUACAUAGACUGAAGUGGGAGGGGCCAGUUGGAUAGUGUGAUGUCAUGUAUGUCCAUGAACUAAUCAGGAUUGAGCAUUUGAGUCUAAUGCUAGUUACUGGGUAGUUUGGGCAUUGUCAUCCAACAUGGUCAAAUCAAACCACAGGGUCUUGAUGAAGCAGAUCUGCUGAGGUUUUGGAUCGUUAUACUAACUUUAGUUGGUCAUUACUAGUAAGAUAAGUAAGAUACUUAAAUAUGUAAUAUUACGGAGAAAGACUUUCAUGGGUUUAAAUCUGAAGAAAGUCUAUUUUAACCAUAUGGCAACAUUUUUGCUACUGAGAUGUUGCUAAGCGGCUGCUUGAAGUAAUAUGUACAGUCAGUUUUUUAGAACUAAAUAAAAUUAACUUUGUCACUGGGAUUAAUGCCUUUAAUCCAUCAAAGUUGUUAACUGUCCAGUAAGAACCCUUUAUAUAUAUAUAUAUAUACAGUCUAUGGUAAGAACACCCAAACACUUGUGAAUAUGGGUUUGUACAGCAAAACUGUAACUGUGAACUGGGAUUAGGAAAUAGACCCAGAUUUCUUUGUCGAUCAUCCGGCCUCUGCCUUCUGUCGUGCCACUGCUUUUUAACACUGACCACAGGGACAACAUGCAGAUAUUUUGUCGACACAGCAUGGUAUGAAUGAUGCUCAGGCAACACAUUGUUUGUAAAUCCUUGUACGAUAAAAUAGUUCAACAAAAGAAGAAAACAAAAUCAAUGGAGCAGUAUUGUCUGCAAAUCACAUUAGCUGCAGACAAUAGAUCCAUCAGUGCUGGUUGAGUCAGGACCAAAUGUAGACUCUAUUAGAUUACAUGUAGAAUCUUUUGUACCAUCAUCAAAAAGUACAUACAGUGCAAUGCCAUCAGUUCCACCUGUGCCUCAUGUUGAGUAAUAGAGCUUCAAUGUGUGCAGUAAUGUGAUAGAGUUGUUCUUAACACUUCUGUCUGUCUGAUCCGUGGAGUCUCUGUUACAUGUUUCCACAGAGAGAAGGAGUGUGCUUUAUUUUACUUGUGACUUAUAUUCCUUAUGGUCUACCAUAGUGGCCUUAUGUUUAACAAACAAAGGGAAAGUUAAUUUCGUCUUCACUAGACUCCGUUUAAACGCUGACCCAGAGGUUGAUAAUCAUGUAAAAGUACAGUUGUACGUACAGUAUGUAGCACAUUCUGGAUAAUUUCUUUAAAGUGGACCUAUCAUGCUAUAUUUGAAACAUAUAUUGUAGGGCCAUACCUAUAUAAAACAUGUC